AUGAAGCGCAUUACUCUAUUAAACAACCAGAACCAGAAGCAGCGAACGGUAGUCGUGACCGCGGCCGCAGCCGACCUGGAGGCGCUCGCUUCGGCGGCCAAGAGCAAGCUGCGCCUCAAGCGCGUGACGGCCUUCUACACGGAGGACGGCACGAUCCUCCAGCCGGGCGCACCGCUACACGACGAUCAGAGAGUGUUGGCCUCGGUCGGCGAGCGCUUUGUGGGUGCUGCGCCGUUUGUGCCGAUCGCACAACUCGCCGCUGUCGGAGAUCUUCAUGGCGAGCGCUUUGAGCUACCGGGCGAGAAGGGCGCCAUCUGCUGGCUGCCUCUCGGCGGCGGCCGCCUCUGCUUGGAAGACUACCUGUCGACAGAUGAGGCCGCCGAGCGGGUCACGCGCGCGGUGGCCGACGUGCAGGCGGCGCUCUCGAGGGGGGAGAGUGUGCUCCUGCACUGCUCCGCAGGUCUGCACCGCACCGGCACCGUCGCCUUCGGCGUCCUGCGCGCAUGCGGCUGGGCUCCCGUCGAGGCGAAGCGCGGCCUGCAGCUGAUGCGCCCGGAGACGGCAGAGCAGGACGAGGUGGUGGGGGGACAGCCAGCACACGAGGUGUCGGAGGCGUGA